UCCCCGCUCGGCUGUUUCCGCCGCCGUCGGGCGCAGCGCUUCGGCUCCUGUCGGCUGUUUCCGCCUUGGCCGGCUGUCGCCCCGGGCUCACCGCCCGCCGGCCGUGCCAUGUCGGACGUGCUGGCCGCCGCCGUCGGCUCCCGGUUCGAGCCCCCGGCCGCCGGAGCGCCGGACGGCUGCAGCGGCACCGAGCUGCCCUCGGGAAACGAAGCCGCAGCCCAGCGGACGGAGCCUGCGGAGCAGCGGGGUGAUGGCUCGGGGAGCAGCGCCUCGCAGAGCGGGUUGCAGAUAGGGUCACCUUUGAGUGCAGAUGUAGCAGAGGAUUCAACGGAAGACUGUUGCACUGUGGAGGACCAGAAAGUUGCUGAUGCAGAAGAGAAGCUGCCUGACCAAAUCCAAUCCACCAAAGAGGAAGCUCUUGCUCAGAUGACCAAGUACCACAUACAUCAAGGAGCAGGGGAUAUAGUCAUGAUUCAGUCAGAUCACACUGGUGCUGUGGAUAUUCUUUCAGCUGAGCUGGAAACUGCAGACCUCCUUGGGGAGCAGAGAAAAGCUCAGCCUCCCCCUCUGGCUCCACCUACUACAUGGACAACAGGGAAGAUGAAGGAAUUCAAAGCCAAGAUGGGAAAGGAGAAGAGUGCUAGGAUGGUGGUGAAACGAGGCGAGGUGGUGACAGUCCGUGUGCCAACCCAUCCUGAUGGGAAACGUGUUUGCUGGGAGUUUGCUACAGACGAUUAUGACAUUGGAUUUGGGGUGUAUUUUGAAUGGACCACUGUUACUAGCACUGCCAUUACUGUUCAGGUCAGCGAAUCCAGUGACGAGGAGGAUGAAGAGGAGGAAGAGGAAAUUGAAGGACUUGCCCCUGUUGGUGAUGUGGAAAGGGGCGCCAAAAGCUAUCUGCGGAACCGCUAUGGAGAAAUCAUGCCUGUGUAUCGAAGGGACAGCCAUCGGGAGGUGCAGGCAGGCAGCCACGACUACCCAGGCGAGGGCAUCUACCUGCUGAAAUUUGAUAAUUCGUACUCUCUCCUCCGCAAUAAGACUCUGUUCUUUCAUGUCUUUUACACUAGCUGAAGGAAUGGGAAGGGGCAGGGAUGGCAGACAGGAGGUGGUGAGCGCAGCAGGCUGCCACCCAGCCCUGGUACUCCCUGAUGGGCACUUCUGUGUGACAGAACAAAGGCACAACUCUGCUAGCAACUCUUCAGACACAACUUGGUUUCUUCCCACACCCUCCUUCCCAGCUGUCCUGGUGGAGAAGGGUGGUUGUGACUGGUUGUCCACAGGCAGCUGUUAUUUCUGUAAAACUUUGGGAGUCCUGCUCUCUGUAGGUUUAGUGUUGGGCCUUCAUCGCAGCCAGUAAAUGCCCAGAGGCCAGGUGCAGUUGGUCUUGGUUUCUUUCUGUUGCAGUGGUACAAAAUGAAGUCGAAGUAUUCUUCAUCUGUUGCUGUUCUGUAAAUCUUCAGGCUCUUCUGCUGUGACUUGGAUCACUAGAGGGCAGCUGUCGGCUGCAGUGAGAUGAAAACACGUCUGGCUUUUCACCAAACCACUGAUAAUCUUAUCACUUACCACCACUGUGUGUCACCAGCUGCCAGCGCUUCCUUUGUUGCUAUAUGUGGGGAUGCAGCAUGGCCAGUGGCAGCCAGUGCAGGUGGCAUGGCCGUGCUACAACAGCCAGCUCUAACCUUCAGUUCCCAUGUGUUAGAACAGAGUGCGGGGCUGAGGAGGGGAGUGCACAAAUAGAAGUUGAUAGGAAGAUUUUCCUGUGGAUCAAGAAUCAGAUGUUACAUCUGUAGAUUAUAGAGAUAUAAAAAUUAUGAUUAAAACUCCAGUGACCACAUUUUUUUUUUCCUGUAGUCCAGUUGUAAAACAGAGGAAAUGGUUUACUGCUGUAUUGAAUAAAUAUGAGAAGGCUGGGAUACAACCAAGGAGUAUAUGAGAAAUGUUUCUUUGUAGCAGCAUGUUGAUUCACUGGUGUUGCUGGAUAAUAGCAUAUAUAAUAGCAUAUAUAGGAAGGAAGAUGCUCCCCAGGGAAGCAUAGUUUCUCAGCUGCUAUUGUUGUUACAAAGGUACUGUUGCAAAAGAGCAGAAACUCAAAAGGGACAGAAUUUACCCAAUCCUUUCUGUAAACUAGAAUGAGCAAGGCCAUUGCUAGCCCUGAUCGUGUGGUGAAGGAUAGAGUUCCUUGGCAUGUUUUAGUGGCUAGUGAUGGCACUUCUGCGUGAGUAUUGGCAGAGUUGAACAAGGAUUACGUUAAUCCUUCAGAGAUGAGUUUUAAAUCAUUUUUAUCAGCAACUGUUGUUUAUUUUAAUACUUAUAACUUAAAAUCUUAAAUAUUAAAUAUUAAAUAAAAAAAUCUAAAAUAACUUAAAACUUUUUAAGAAUAGUAAUGUGUUUACACUUUGAUACCUCUUUGCAGAGACACAGAAUGGCUAUUUGCACGGUGAUGCUAGUAGAAUUCUGAGUUUUAUUUUUAAAUCCUCCAGGUAAAGCACCUCUAUUUGGUCCAUUCCCUUUAUUGAGAGGGAUUGAUGAAGAAAAUGUUUUUGGGGUAGUUAAAGCCAAAGAUUUUACUGUCCUCGGAGGGCUGCGUAUUUUCUCUUAAGGUUGUAUUAUAAUGCUGUGGAAUUUUCCUUGUGUUCAAGCUCCUCGUUUAGCUAUCUCUGAUUACUUGUUCACUGCCCCAGAGCACUUAGUAGGUCAAAAAGGUGUAUGUGAGAGGGGGAGAGAGAAAGAGAGAGAUGUUUAUAGUAGAGCAGCCCAAGCUUGGAGCAGGAAGGAGGAAAACCAGAAAACUAGUUGCUCCCUGGAUGGGCAGGCAGGGAGCAGAACUGGUCAGGGUAAGAGUGAGCUGGUGCUACUCUGGGCCCUGAGUUGGAAGCCUUCCUCAAAGGAGGGAGAGAAUCUCGCCAUAGGGGAGCUGCAGAGCUGUCCCUCAAGCAGAGGGAAGCAUAGGGCAGCCUUACAUUGCUGGUUAAUGUAUGAGACGCUGUGGGGCACCUGAUCCACUUUCUAAUUAGGAUUCAUUUAUGAUGAAGGGAAUUUUGACCUAUGAAUAGGAUAAAUUUUUUAUAAUUGCUGAUCUUCAGUCUCACAACACACUAUGGGAUGCUGUUAUUGCCACUGAAUAUAUGUUUUUCCUAUAAUGUGUCCUCCCUAUUUCUAAUUCACAGCCACUCCCUCUCUCACUGUCUGUAUUUUGAUCAUAUCCUCAUUCAACACACAUUUUUUUUCAUCUUGUCAGGUGUGAAUAAGGCCUGCCUGACUACCAGUUCUGGUCACUUACCGAAACAAAUAGUAUGUGCAAGUUGUCAAGGUAACUUGUUAGUGGUUUUAGUGAAGAUAAGCUGCUUUGUAGGUGGUGAUCCUGUUGCUCAGUUCUAGCUUUCUUAAAUGUGGACCAACCUUUUAAUGAGGCUCAGGUCAUUUGUUUGAAACUGUCCCCAUCUUCUAGUCUCAUUGACUUAAGCUUAAUAGAAACAUUGAAUCUGGCCUGUUAACCCAAUCUUUAUGUGCCUGCCCUGUAAAAACGUGAUGCCCAUAAACAGACUUGCUGUGGUGGAACUGAAAGUAUCUAGUGUGUAUUAUUCCACUACUUAUGCUUCCUGGAAGCACGCGGUAUCUCUUAUGAACACAAAACAGUUUUUUGCAUAGAAUAUUUCAUCUGCAGGAAACAGAAGCUUUACAGUUGUACAAGAUAAUUACCCUUUGUUUGUUCUUUAAUUUCCACAUCACAGAGAUGUUUCUCAGGUGUUAAAGUAUCAUUCAUUAUCUAAGUGACUACUUCUUUUAGGAAGGAUCUGUAUCUAAAAACUCAGAUCAAUUAAGGAAUAACCUGCUUCUACAUUUUGCAAAGUCUUUGUUGGCUUUUGUAAAAGCACAGAAUUGUUUUCCAGUUUGUUUUGAAUAUGACUUAGAUCUAAUAAUAAGAUUUUCAUGUUCAGACUGAGACAUAAAACAAUCAUGUAGCGUAGGAUUUGCAUAAAAAUUAGGCUGUAUAAUUGUCUGUUUAUGAUAAUGGUAACAAUCUGUUGGAUGUUUUUUAAUGUCAAAUCAGGUAAUAAGCUACCCAUUGUUUUAUCUUACCCUUCUCCCUUAGCAGUAGUGUAGCAGCAGGAGUUGAAAGUGUAGGCAUUUCACUGAGGACUGAGUUAACAUUGGCACUGUUUGUUCUGAUUUAAUUUGCUAACCAACUCUGGAGGCCCAUGUUAAAGGUAUUGGUGUCAGAGAGAGGCUAUUCCCAAAGUAAUAUUUGGAACUUAUUUAGUAGUUAUGUACAUUAAUACUACCACAGAGCCACUUACAUGAACUGUAAGAUGAAAAUGUGUGCUUAAGGAGAGAAAGAGCUUAACUGAAUGACUUUGAGGUACUGAGAUGAAAGUUGAGUUAUUAUGCAACAGUCUGAAAUCUUGCCACACUCCUUUCUUUUUGGUCCUAUCUUGUGGAGAAUCUCCUUGUAACUAUGUGCAUGUAGCCAUGUAUGGCGUGCAGUAGGGCCAGCUGUGCUGCUGGACUUGGUGGGGAAGACUGGAGGUGACCCUUGUCACGUGUCUAGUUGCUGAAAGAGGUACUUGAUCUUGUGAGUUGGAAACCAUGGGUAGAGAAUCUUUGCAUGAGUUCACGUUGUCCCCACUGCUUAUACCCUUCUUGUCUCACUACCCCAGUACACUUUGCAGAGGAUUUAUCACAAGGUGCCUUAGGAGCAAGGAGCAUGUCUGAAGAGAGCCACAGAUGUCAUUAAUCCCAGGGUUUUCUUCUCCUUGUUUCUCUGCCUGUUUGAGUAGAGAAGAGGCACUAAGAUCAAGCAAGGAGAGAGUCCUGGUUGGCUGUCCUGGGGAUUUAAGCUGUACAUUAAUCUGCCUCGUUGCUUUAAGAUGAGUAGUAGAAUUGUUAGAGUUUCCUGGCACCACAGGAUCUUUACCUUCAGAAAGAAAUUAUAAGAUGCUGCAAAAUAUUCUGGAACACCAAAGGACUAUUAGUGAUAUUCUGGUGGUAAGCCUGAGGGCCAGAGAAACAGCAGACAGACAUGAAUAGCAUUCCUCAUGGCCAUUCAUUGUUUUACCACAGUGUUGAGUGGUGUGUGCUUAUAUGUAUUGAGAUUGGAUGAGAGACCAAAGCAGCAAAGGUGUUUUUGAUCUGCAAAUGAGAGAGACAUGGCUUUCUCCAUUUCUUUUACCUAGAGAUAAUAAUGGAAUAUCUGAAAUGAAAAAAGGGAAAACUGUGAACUGAUCUUGUUAAAUACAUAAGCUAAUCAGGCUUAAUUCUAAUUAAUCUAAUUAGAAGCCACAAGUUUAUCAGGAGUCCGAGUGUGAAGUCACUUAUCUAAAUAAGUUAGUAAACCCUAACUGAAGUUUUAGAGUGAACAUUAAAUGGCAGGGUCCAAACACAUCUUGCAGGGAAGAGAAUUUCCUGUGUAACUAUUCCACACUUGCCUCCUAAGAGUCUCUGGCAUUUUAUUCUGAAACACUCAAACUGUUGCAGAUGAAGACCAUCAGGUGGAAUGGAUGGAUCUGUGGUUUGUCAUUAAGGGUUUAAGCCCAUCUGGGCUGGUGAGUGAAGUCUCUUAGGCAUGAAGCUGGAUGCCAACCAUUAAGCUCAGAGUUAAAGAGGCUUUGCCUGACUUUUAAGUUUAGAGGCUGUUCUUGGAAAGUAAAUAGUUGGAGGUGAUCUCCCUGUGACUCCUGAAUGCCUGGGUGACUAACUGCUCUCCUUAGAGUGAAGCAAUCUGCUGUCAAGUCCCUGCUCCAAGCUGUUAGCACAGUCUUUCAGUGGACUGUCUUGUAGGUGAUCAUAUCCUUUCUUUUUAUUCCCAGACGUAUAUUCUUAUAAACUGUGAGAGCUGUCUCUAAGUCUUUAUGUGAUGUGAAUACAUUUGUUGUCCUGGAACCUCACGAUUCAUUUGUUUGUGCCAACCUGUUGCUUUUCAUCUCCUCUGAAUAAAUCAGUUUUAAAGGGAGGUUACUUCAACAAGACGUGGCACUGAAUCUCUUGCUGAAGGGCACGUGUGAAUAUUUAUAUUGUUUGCUUUCCUUCUGGGCUUGGUUUGUAUAGUUUAUAUUCGAUGUGUUGUGGCUGAUUUGUAAUAUUAUAUUGAAAGUUAUUCCCUUUAAAUAAACUUUUCACUAUGCAAUCACUA